AUGAUACCACGAGCAGCUCACUAUCUGAGCCCAUCCAACGACACCACAAAUGCUCUCAAGAAUGCCUCGUUCCACUACGAUACUUCCAACAACCACUUUGCCGGCUUUCUCUCCCCCGACAUGAAUUACAGCUCCGCCCUCUGGUCGGGCGAGCCAGGGGAAUCACUUGAGGCUGCUCAACGCCGCAAGAUCCAAAAUAUUCUCGACAAGGCAGAAAUCGCAUCCGGUCAUCAUGUUCUAGACAUUGGAUGCGGCUGGGGAGACUUGGCCAUUAAGGCUGUGCAGCAGACUGGAUGCCGAGUGACGGGACUGACGCUUUCGAAAGAGCAAAAGUCGCUUGCUGAAGAGAGGAUCAUGGCGGCUGGCCUGCAAGACAAGAUCACCAUUUUGCUUUGCGAUUAUCGCAAGGCUCCUGUUCCGGAGGGCGGAUAUGACCGGGUCAUCUCCAUCGAGAUGCUGGAACAUGUGGGCGACAAGUACAUGAACAAGUACUUUCAGCACAUCUCGAACUAUCUGAAGCCCAAAGGCGGAAGGAUGGUAGUCCAAGGCAUCACAAAGAUUAACUCUUACACUUCGACUGGAGAAACCGUCGACAACUUCAUAGACCGCUACAUCUUCCCUGGAGGGUAUCUUCCAAACAUCAACCAGCUCUUGGCAUCGAUACACAAUGGCUCGCGUGGCGGCUUGGAGGUAGAAAGCGUUCAGAGCAUCGGCCCUCAUUACAUCCGCACGCUGCAGUGCUGGAGAGAGAACUUUGAUACCAACUGGGAGACCAUCAGAGCGGACUUUGUGUCCAAGAACCCGAGCGCCACGGAUUUCACGAUUGAAGCCUAUCGACGACAAUGGAUGUAUUACUUCCAGUACUGCGAGGCGGGUUUCAGAGCUCGGAUCUUGGGAGACUAUGUCAUUUCUGCUAUCCGGACGCCUUGGCCUGAGAUUCCGGCCAAUGUGCCGCACUAG